AAGAUUAGCAUGGUCUCCAGAAAAUGAAGAGGAUGGUGCACCCUUGCAUCACAGAAAAUCUUGUAUCGGAGUAGGCUGGUUUUUUUGGAUACUGUUGGUUGUAAUUGUCGCAGCCAUCAUCGCAGUCAUCGUCAUUUGCACAGGAACAGACGCGUGUAAAAGCUGUAAACCAGUUGACGGUGUAUGGAGUGAAUUUGAAGAUUGGUCAGAGUGCUCAGAAAACUGCGAUGGAGGUACCCAAACAAGGACCAAAUCGUGCACUGCUCCUAACCAGUGUGGGACUGAGUGUUCUGGUGAUGAUGAAGAAUUGAGAGAGUGCAAUACUGAACCCUGCCCCACGCCCUGUAAUAAGCCAGAUAUUAAUGACGGUAAAGUUGAACCAGAUUCGGAAACAAUAAAUUCAGGAACUACUUACGAGGUUACUUGUAAUGCCGGGUUCGUAAUAUCUGACUCCGGGAUUUCAACAGUAACGUGCACUAACGGGGUACUUUCUACAGUACCAACUUGUCAACCUGUGCCCUGCGAUAAGCCAGCCAUAAGUGACGGUAAAGUUGAACCAGAUUCGGAAACAAUAAAUUCAGGAGCUACUUACGAGGUUACUUGUAAUGCCGGGUUCGUAAUAUCUGACUCCGGGAUUUCAACAGUAACGUGCAUUAACGGGGUACUGUCUACAGUACCAACUUGUCAACCUGUGCCCUGCGAUAAGCCAGCUAUAAGUGACGGUAAAGUUGAACCAGAUUCGGAGACAAUAAAUUCAGGAACUACUUACGAGGUUACUUGUAAUGCCGGGUUCGUAAUAUCUGACUCCGGGAUUUCAACAGUAACGUGCACUAACGGGAUACUGUCUACGCUACCAACUUGUGAUCCGACGUGUCCAGAUUGCUCGUUUAAGCAAUCAGAAUGGAAGGCCAACAUAGAUUCAAAGAGUAAAAUGUAUCGUGCUACGAAGGACAAAUGUGGAGAAUUCUUUGUGAAUCUUGUCGAUAACACUUUCACGAUAACAACGACUGAUAACAGUGGAGUAACGUAUGCAUCGGAUCCUCUAGACACUAUCUCUCUCCAUCAAGAUUUAGAUCUGGAUUGGAAACUCGCUCAGACGAUGAAGGAUAAUGAAACGAUGAAAUUUGUUUUUAGCGACAAGGGAAGCAAAUACGCUGGUUUUGGUAACAUUGAUGGGACCUUUUUCGAGACGAAACCCACCGGAGAGUCCAAACAGCAGUUCACGCUGUGGACGAGCGAGGAUAAUCCAACCUAUCUUCCAAUUUACCUCGCUAGUAAUGAUGCAGAUAAAAGCCUCUGUAUGUUUGCUGAAGCACAAGGUGCUCCGAUCGAGAUAACACUGACUGAAACAGAAACUGAGUGGCUGAUUUAUAGGGUCGAUGAGGUGAAGUUCUACUUCUAUUAUGGUGAUUCUGUUCACGACGCACUGAAUCAGUGUACGGAGAAGUGGAAAGCAAUAUAUCCAGCCUCCGACGCUUCUUGGACCAACGAUUUCAUCGUAGGAAGUUUGACGACAGAUAAAAUCAAAACAGAUCAAGAUAGCGGGAACAGUAUUGCUACUCACUAUAUAUUAUCUCCAGAUGUUAUCUCUAUGAAAAAAGGUAACCUAGGUUAUGAAUUAGAAAUCGAGAAUGAGGAUAAUCUUGCUGCUUCUACUAACAUAAUUCUUCCAUUGAAGACGAGACAAACAAUUACUUCUGGAUCCGGUAUAACUCUAACCCCUGAAGAAGGAUACUACCCAACCGAUGGAGAUGAUACUUAUAUACUUGAUUUCGACAACUCAGAAAUACAAUCUGAUUUUGAUUCUUAUCUGAGUGAUACCGAUGCUGGUUUCUUACUUCAGGGCGGAUUUCUACUUAGCCCAACAAGCGAAGACUGCUCUAAAUAUUUCCACUGUUCUGAUCAACAGUUUGAGGAUGAUACCAGCGUGUGUCUUAGUGCUGAUUUUGGGGACAGCAAAGUAUUUAAAGAACACAACUUUUAUGACGUUUCGAAGAGGAAAGCGUUACAACCCCAAAAUGUUGCCAAAAAUUUGGUUUUAGAAACUAUUGCGUCACCAGGCACAACCCACUAUCACAGGACUAAUCUGGAUCUAACUGAGGCUGGUUUAAAAACGUGUUAUCACAACAUUCUCAACCUCCACCAACUUGGCAUCAGAGCUGUAACAUGUAACAUGUGUGGUGGUGUUCUUCCCUCUACUGCAGAUCAGAAAUCUAUCUGUUUCCGGUGGGGUUUACUGGCAUUGCUGAUGCCUUAUGUUAUCAUUUCGAGUGAAGUAGAGGAUCUAACAGGUGCGCUGAGCAACUCAGGUGAUGAUGUAUUUAUGAAGAUGAAAGAGAGUGUCGUUCUCCGAAAACAGCUGCACUAUUAUCUCGAUAAAACGUACGAAACAUCCAAGCCUUUCAUAACGGAAAAGAGUAAUGGAGUUGUUAUCGGAGAAAACCUUUUUAUGGUUGUGAACUUGGAAGGGUCCCCUAAAGUGACUGUAGAGUUUCCAGAAGGAGAGUGGUUGGCUCCUGACCCUACUCUGCAAACUGAGGGCACACACUUCAAUAUCGAAAAUGAUUCUCCUGAACCAGAACUGACUUAUGAGGAAGAUGUCACCAAACUUAUAUUCUACAAGCUUGACAACAUAUUCGUCUUACAAGAUAAGGAUGACGAGAAUAAAGUUGAGGUACACAUAUUCCAAUACAAUGAAGGGUACUAUAGUAGCGAUAUUACCUCCACAUUCACAUACAACGAGCAUAAAACAGAUAUCAAAAUGGAACCAAAUAAUGAACAAGUGACUUUUACUUACACAGCAGCAUCCUCUACAAUCGAUAAGGACAAGUUUAAAGUAUCAAAAUUGGUAAUAUUCUAUUGGGAUAAUGAUGCGGGAAACGAAUCGCCCAAAAUUACAUAUCCAGUGGGCAGUAAUAAGUUCAAUGUUGUAUUCAAUUAUUCGGAGGGAAAUAAUGUGGUGCUCAAAUCAAUAUUUGAAAACUGGAGUGAGAGUUUAAAAGAAGGAAGUAAUUCCUAACUAAAUUUAAACCGUCCGAGAAAAAGUUUGAGAAAUGCUACGUUGUGACUUAUUUGACUCUUUCGCGAUGUACAUACAGUCAUGAGUGAACACUCAGAGCUAAAAAUAACUUAUAGUUUCGACAUUAUCUUUUAUGAGAUUUCAAAUAUUAGGGAUGGAGCAUUAAUCCUUUUGGCAUCAAUCUGUUGAUUAUUAAUUGACAAGGUUGCACAAAGAUCUAUGCAGUUCAGCAAUCAGCAAAUAGACUUUUUGUA